AUGAAACUUUUGUCUUCAUUAAUUAUUUUUUUUGUUAUUGUAUUAUUUUGUGUUGUUGGAUCAUUAUCAGCAUCAUUAUGUAAAUAUCCAGGUUAUUCAACUCAAGGUGUUACAAAAACAAAUAAUGGUUAUGAGGCAACACUUAACCUUAUUUCAGCAGGUCCAUAUGGUAACGAUAUAGAACAAUUAAAUUUUCAAUUAACUUUUGAAACUAGUCAAAUUUUUAGAGUUAGAAUUACUGACCCAAAUAAUCAAAGAUGGGAAGUCCCACCAACUGUUAAUCAAUUAGUUGGAGAAAAUCCAGAUUCAACUGAUUAUAUAAUUGAAUUUACAAAUAAUCCAUUUGGUUUUGCAGCAACUCGUAUUUCAACUGGUGAAGUUUUAUUUAAUACAACUCAACCAAGUGAUUGUUCAUUUAAUGGUUUAAUUUAUUCAAAUUAUUAUUUAGAAUUAAGUACAUCAUUCACAGAGAGUAAUCCAAAUAUUUAUGGUUUAGGAGAACGUACAAGUCAAUUAAGAUUAUUUAAUAAUUUUACAUAUACUUUAUUUGCAAAAGAUCAAGGUACAGCAAGUAUACCAAAUAUUAAUUUAUAUGGUUCACAUCCAUUUUAUUUACAACUUUCAUCAAGUUCAGGUAAUGCAAAUGGUGUAUUUCUAUUGAACUCCAAUGCAAUGGAUGUUCAAUUACAACCAAAUUCAUUAACAUAUAAAGUUGUUGGUGGUAUUUUCGAUUUAUUCUUUUUCACAGGACCAACACCAUUAUCAGUGAUUCAACAAUAUUCCCAAGUCAUUGGUACAACUCAUAUGCCAUCCUAUUGGUCACUCGGAUAUCAUAAUUGUAGAUGGGGUUAUCAUUCAAUUGCAGAGACUGCUCAAGUGGUUGCAAACUAUUCAAAAUAUAAUAUUCCAUUAGAGACCAUGUGGAAUGAUAUCGAUUAUAUGGAUAGCUUUAGAGAUUUCACAACUGAUCCAGUUAAUUUCGCCGCUUCAGAUUAUAAGACAUUCAUCGAUGGUCUUCAUGCAAAUAAUCAACAUUAUAUUAUGAUUGUUGAUCCUGGUAUUUCAAAUAUUGAACCAAUCUAUCAAAGUCACAUUGAUUUAAUGGAAUCUGGUGCCUACAUUAAAGCUGGUGGUACAGAUGGUGAACCAUUGGUUGGUUCAGUUUGGCCAGGUUAUGUUAAUUUCCCAGAUUUCCUUCAUCCAAAUGGUACCGAAUUUUGGACUCAACAAUUUCAACGUUUCUAUGAAACCGUUCAAUUCGAUGGUGUUUGGAUCGAUAUGAAUGAGAUUUCAAACUUUUGUGAUGGUAAUUGUUUCAACAAUACUGAUACUCCAAUGCCACCACCACAAUUUGAUCCAAACUAUCCACCAUACAUUCCAGGUGGUGUACCAUUAUAUUCAAAAACCAUCAAUAUGACCUCUCUUCAAUAUAAUAAUACCUUGGUUUAUAAUUCACACAGUCUCUAUGGUUACACUGAAGGUUUAGCAACUCAAUUAGCAGUUCAAUCCAUUUUAGGUACCCGUUCAACCAUUAUUUCAAGAAGUACUUUCCCAGGUACUGGUGCUCAUUUUGCCCAUUGGUUAGGUGAUAAUAAAAGUACUUUUACCGAUAUGUAUUACUCGAUUCCAGGUAUGUUAGCAAUGAAUAUGUUUGGUAUUCCAAUGGUUGGUGCUGAUAUUUGUGGUUUCAAUGGUGAUUCAAAUGCUGAACUCUGUGGUAGAUGGCUUCAAUUGGGUUGUUUCUAUCCAUUCACUCGUAAUCAUAAUACAUUUUUAGGUGCACCACAAGAGCCUUGGGUAUUUGGUCAAGAGGUUGUCGAUAUUUCAAUCAAAGCAAUCAAUGGUAAAUUAACUUUGUUACCAUUCUAUUACACAUUGUUCCAUAUUUCUCAUGUUUCUGGUGAUCCAGUUGUUAGACCAUUAUUCUUUGAAUAUCCAUCAGAUCCAAAUACUUUUGCAAUUGAUCAACAAUUUUUAGUUGGUACAGGUUUAAUGGUAUCACCAGUUCUCACUCAAGGUGCUACCACAGUGAAUGCUUACUUCCCAAAUGAUAUCUGGUAUGAAUAUGGUAAUGGUUCAUUGGUUCAAUCAGUUGGUACCCAUCAAACUUUAAAUGCUCCAUUCGAUGUAAUCAACGUUCAUAUGCGUGGUGGUAAUAUCAUUCCAACUCAACCAACCUCCUCAUAUGUUACACCAGUUGAUGGUAUUCCAAUUACCACUAAAAUCUCUAGAACUUUACCAUUUGAAUUGAUUAUUGCCUUGGAUUCUUCAUUACAAGCAACUGGUCAAUUAUUCUUGGAUGAUGGUGAAUCAAUUCAAACCUAUGUUGAUAAUAAAUACUCUUUCAUUCAAUUCGAUGUUGUCUCCUCACCAUCUUCAUCUGCCUACAAAUUACAAUCAACCAUUCUCAAUAACAAUUAUAAUGGUACCGCUUCUUUAAUCAUUAAUUCUAUCCAAAUCUACGGUUCGCCAUCAGUUCAACAAGUCAUUGUUAAUGGUAGCCCAAUCAAUUCAUUUAAUGCUGUUUCUGAUUCAACUCUCUCUGUUUCAAAUUUACAACUUGCUUUAGAUGAAUCCUUUGAAGUUGAUUUUGUAUUAUAUUAA